GCAGGAAUAAUUCUUAAGUAGACAAUUUGCUUCUGACCCCAACAGCUGAUAAAUUCAAUGCCACUGGUGAUAAGUGUAUGGAAAUCUGUUUAUUCACAUUUAAUAUUCCCUAAAGUGACAGUUGAGUGUUUGGGUUUUGUUGUUUUGUUUCCUUACAUGAUGUUUUUAUUGGGUAAGGAUUGGGUUCUAACUUUCCAGCCUUGGAAAUUUGUUUUUCUUUCUUUGGAUAUUAGGAACAAUGAAAUAAGAUUCUGUCAUUUGCAAUUGAAGGUGGUUACUUACCUGAGUUAGAAGUAGAAUUUGUCUAACACUCUGGUCUUCCAAAUUAAAGUUCUGUAUCUUGUGGUAUAAGCAAUUUGUUAUAAGUGAAUAAAUAAAACUCUUUGUUAUCCCUACCGCUUACUAUCUUCUGACAUACCAAAUACUUAUUUGUUUAUCUUAUAUCCCUACAGUAGAAUUUAGAUUCUAUGAAAGCAGAGAUUCAUUGCUAAAGUAUUCCCCAAUUCACAGAACAGUGCCUACCAUGUAGUAAGUGCUCAAUAAAUAUUUUUUAACAACUAAAUGGACAGAUUUGGCUUAGAAAGCCCAACAAUUUAUUGACUAGAAAGGUUUUGUUAUUUGAAACAUAAGUAAAAUCCUAAGAAGUGAAGUAUAGCUUAGGUUAGAGAGCACACAUUUUAGUCUCUGUAUUUUAUAUUUUUCUUUGAGCAACCUUGAGUUUUUGUUUUACUGAAUACAAAUACAAGCCAUUCCUAUCACCACCAUUCCAUACAUCCAAGAUAUUCUCUCAGUCUUGCUGAAAUUUAAGAAAACUGUUCAUUGUAACAGAAUCUAGUGGAGGCUUGCUGACAUGGCCCUUAGGCAUUAAAGAUUAAUAAAACCAAAAUUAUAAUAAGAUUCAGGGCAGAGCCAUUAUCCCAUUAAAAGCACUUGUUUUUCUUAGAUGCUGAUAUUAACCCUGAACAUUGGUCAAAUCAAGCUCCUGAUGUUAAUUUGGGGUUAUCAGUUUUCUGCAUGUACAAGUAAUUGAGUUUGAAAUGUGUUUAAGCCUGAAUUAAAGAACUUAGUCAUUGGUGACUCAUGGUGAGAAGUUUUUCCUUUUCCCUGCUGGAACAUAUGCCAUUGCCUCCAACAUGGCCUUUCUGAAAGACUGAAAACAAAAGAAUCCUACUUUUAAAUACUAUAGUUCUGAAAAAGUUCUUGUAAGUUUAAGGUGGUGACCUCCAUUGUAAUGCUUUUUAGUAGCGAGCACUACAAUUGACUUUACAAAUUUCUAUACAAAUUUUUUUCAUCUCUGGUAUUAUGGAAGUUCUCCCAUAUAUGAAGUAGUUAAAAGUCUGCUAGAAGAGUGUAUAAAUGACCCCAGGGACUUUCUUUGUUUUAUUCAUUACUGUAUUCUUAGUAACUAAAACUGUUUUUGCAUGGAGAAAACCAUUAAUACCUAUUCAUUAAGUGAAGCCAUAUGCAUUCAUAGUAACAGCUCAUUUUAGGGAAAGAAUGAAAGCCAGUUGAAGUAAAUUUCUCGGGUUCCUUUUAAUUAGGUAAUCAUCAAUUCACAGUCAACCUACUUUGGGAGGUUCUUGCUAUUCACCCAAGGUAGCUCUGCCCUAAUAGUUCUUAGGAUUGCUUGUCCAAACCUUAAAUCCCUUCAGUGGUUCACUUACAAAAAAAAAGGCAAAUCGGCAACACCCAUAAGCACUUGCACCUGUGGGAACCAAUAGGCGUCGUAACAGAGAAUACUUCAGCUGGUGGUGCUGAUAGUAAAGUGCAGCACUCAAGUCACGCUGUUUUUAUCGGCAGUUCCUUUUUAGGAUCAUGCAAGGUUUCUUAAAGGGUUUGUUUUUUUUUUAAUAUAUUAGUUUAAAAGGAGAAUUCACUUUAAAUUUGGAAAUGAAAGUGUGAGUGGUUAUUCGCCUUUUCUUCAUCAUCAAGGAAUCGGUGCACCAUAAAUACAAAAGACUGAUAUUAUAAGAGGAAAACAAGAUUGCUGCUAAAAUGAAUUUAAGCAAUACAGUGUAUUUCGUGCCAUACACAAAAAGGUAUUAAAAACUGAUUCCAAAAAAUUUGUCAAUGAAAGAUAAAACUAACUGGGAUAUCGAAAGUAAAAGGCUUACAAAUUCUGGUCAUCAUGCGUAAAGGGGUGCCAAAAGACCCAGAGAUUGCUGAUCUGUUCUACAAAGAUGAUCCUGAAGAACUUUUUAUUGGCUUGCAUGAAAUUGGACAUGGAAGUUUUGGAGCAGUUUAUUUUGCCACAAAUGCUCGUACCAAUGAGGUGGUGGCCAUUAAGAAAAUGUCGUACAGUGGGAAGCAGACACAUGAGAAAUGGCAAGAUAUUCUUAAGGAAGUCAAAUUUUUACGACAGUUGAAGCAUCCUAAUACCAUUGAGUACAAAGGUUGUUACUUGAAAGAGCAUACUGCUUGGUUGGUGAUGGAAUAUUGCUUAGGCUCAGCCUCUGAUUUGUUAGAAGUUCACAAGAAACCACUUCAGGAAGUAGAGAUUGCUGCCAUUACUCAUGGUGCCUUGCAGGGGCUAGCCUAUUUGCAUUCUCAUGCCUUGAUUCAUAGGGAUAUUAAAGCAGGAAAUAUUCUUCUAACAGAGCCAGGUCAGGUGAAACUAGCUGACUUUGGAUCUGCCUCAAUGGCUUCUCCUGCCAACUCCUUUGUGGGCACACCUUACUGGAUGGCUCCAGAGGUGAUCUUAGCUAUGGAUGAAGGACAGUAUGAUGGGAAAGUUGAUAUUUGGUCACUUGGGAUCACCUGUAUUGAAUUGGCGGAACGGAAGCCCCCCCUUUUCAACAUGAAUGCAAUGAGUGCCUUAUAUCACAUUGCCCAGAAUGAUUCACCGACAUUACAGUCCAGUGAAUGGACAGACUCCUUUAGGCGAUUUGUUGAUUACUGCUUGCAGAAAAUACCUCAGGAAAGGCCAACGUCAGCAGAACUAUUACGGCAUGACUUUGUUCGGCGAGACCAGCCUCUGCGUACCCUAAUUGACCUCAUACAGAGGACAAAGGAUGCCGUCCGUGAGCUGGAUAACCUGCAGUACCGAAAAAUGAAAAAAAUCCUUUUCCAAGAGACACGAAAUGGACCCAUGAAUGAGUCACAGGAGGAUGAAGAAGACAGCGAACAUGGAACCAGCCUGAGCAGGGAAAUGGACAGCCUGGGAAGCAACCAUUCUAUCCCAAGCAUGUCUGUAAGCACAGGCAGCCAGAGCAGCAGUGUGAACAGUAUGCAGGAGGUCAUGGAUGAGAGCAGCACUGAACUUGCCAUGAUGCAGGAUGACGAAAGUACAGUCAAUUCCAGUUCCUCUGUGGUACACAAGAAGGAUCAUGUAUUCAUAAGGGAUGAGGCGGGCCACGGCGAUCCCAGGCCUGAGCCGCGGCCUACCCAGUCAGUUCAGAGCCAGGCCCUCCACUACCGGAACAGAGAGCGCUUUGCCACGAUCAAAUCAGCAUCUUUGGUUACACGGCAGAUCCAUGAGCAUGAGCAGGAGAACGAGUUGCGGGAACAGAUGUCAGGUUAUAAGCGGAUGCGGCGCCAGCACCAGAAGCAGCUGAUCGCCCUGGAGAACAAGCUGAAGGCUGAGAUGGACGAGCACCGCCUCAAGCUACAGAAAGAGGUGGAGACGCAUGCCAACAACUCGUCCAUCGAGCUGGAGAAGCUGGCCAAGAAGCAAGUGGCUAUCAUAGAAAAGGAGGCAAAGGUAGCUGCAGCAGAUGAGAAGAAGUUCCAGCAACAGAUCUUGGCCCAGCAGAAAAAAGAUUUGACAACUUUCUUAGAAAGUCAGAAGAAGCAGUAUAAGAUUUGUAAGGAAAAAAUAAAAGAGGAGAUGAACGAGGACCAUAGCACACCCAAGAAAGAAAAGCAAGAGCGGAUAUCCAAGCAUAAAGAGAACUUGCAGCACACACAGGCUGAAGAGGAAGCCCACCUUCUCACUCAGCAGAGACUGUACUAUGACAAAAACUGCCGUUUCUUCAAGCGGAAAAUAAUGAUCAAGCGGCAUGAGGUGGAGCAGCAGAACAUUCGGGAGGAACUAAAUAAAAAGAGGACCCAGAAGGAAAUGGAGCAUGCCAUGCUAAUUCGGCACGAUGAGUCCACCCGAGAGUUAGAGUACAGGCAGCUGCACACGUUACAGAAGCUACGCAUGGAUCUGAUCCGGCUACAGCACCAGACUGAACUGGAAAACCAGCUGGAGUAUAAUAAGAGGCGAGAAAGGGAACUGCACAGAAAGCAUGUCAUGGAACUUCGGCAACAGCCAAAAAACUUAAAGGCCAUGGAAAUGCAAAUUAAAAAACAGUUUCAGGACACUUGCAAAGUACAGACCAAACAGUAUAAAGCACUCAAGAAUCACCAGUUGGAAGUUACUCCAAAGAAUGAGCACAAAACAAUCUUAAAGACACUGAAAGAUGAGCAGACGAGAAAACUUGCCAUUUUGGCAGAGCAGUAUGAACAGAGUAUAAAUGAAAUGAUGGCCUCUCAAGCGUUACGGCUAGACGAGGCUCAAGAAGCAGAAUGCCAGGCUUUGAGACUACAGCUCCAGCAGGAAAUGGAGCUGCUCAAUGCCUACCAGAGCAAAAUCAAGAUGCAAACAGAGGCACAACAUGAACGUGAGCUCCAGAAGCUAGAGCAGAGGGUGUCUCUGCGUAGAGCACAUCUUGAGCAGAAGAUUGAAGAGGAGCUGGCUGCCCUUCAGAAGGAACGCAGCGAGAGAAUAAAGUACCUAUUGGAAAGGCAAGAGCGAGAGAUUGAAACUUUUGACAUGGAGAGCCUCAGAAUGGGAUUUGGGAAUUUGGUUACAUUAGAUUUUCCUAAGGAGGACUAUAGAUGAGAUUAAAUUUUUUUGCCAUUUACAAAAAAAAA